CUUUACGCGUCAGUCUUCUAAGCAUUUCUGCCAAGCGAAGUUCAUUUAGUCAUUUAGCUUUCGUGCGUUCGUGAAUUGCAAUAAUUGCCGAUUACACUUACAAAAGAAUUAUUACAGCACUUAGGCAUAUACAUAAAUACAAAGCAACAAAGCGAAGUCUCACGAACAGAGGCAUAGGAAGACGAGCCUGUAGCAUGAAGCUGGUCACAAAUAUGGUGAAUCCAGACGUGGGCACUCUGAGCGUUGUGAGUCCUCCCGAAGUAAUGCAGAAAGUAGUUCCGGGAAAGGAGUCUCCCCAGAAGAGGAGGAGGGAUUGUUUUAGCGGUCACGCCACUCAACGCACGCAGUACACGAUAGUCGCUAAUAUGUCAGUACCGGAAAUUGUGAAUCUCAAAAGUGUGGUGGAACCUUAUUUAGCGGGCGGUGCGUUAGAGUCGUACAGGUCUCGUUACCUUACCAAACCUGGGGAUAAUUAUGGCAGCUGCAUGCUGGCUAUAUCCGCCAACAUCAAGCGUCCAAAUGGUCUCAUCGAGGAGUUGCCCUUAAUUGCAAAGCUACCGCCAGUAACCAACGAUUUAUAUUGGCAAAUAUUCCAGCCCGAACGAACUUGCAUCACUGAGAAUAAAGUGUAUCAAACUGUUGUGCCAGAAAUACAUCGGCUACAAAUCGAAGCUGGUAUGUCUGAAGAUAAGCUGUACGAUGGUGUGCCUCGUUACUAUGGCAGUCGGAUAUCGUUAGAUGCCAAUGCUACCAAAGUAGAUCGCGAUGCAGUUCUAGUGCAAGAGAAUCUCCAGACGUCCGGUUACAAAGCUGGGAAUCGGCAGAAAAUGUUCGAUUUUGCACAUGCGAAACUUGUCAUGGAAUGUAUGGCCCAGUACCAUGCGUUGCCAAUUGCUUUGCGUCUUAAGAAACCCGACAUUUUCACCAAAAAUAUACGUCCGUACUUCAAUCGCUUCAAUAUGAACAUUUCAUUAGGAGAUGAGAUGAGGGACGAAAUGCGUAGGGAAGUAUCCGAGGACCUACAGUUGGCCACCAAUAACAAUGAGGCGGCAAUUGAGGAGAUUAUGAAACUAUUUAAGUUGUACGAUGAUUGGCUGGAGCAGCCAGAAUCAGUUGAUGGACCAUAUACCAGCCUGGUGCACUGCGACCUGUGGAUCAAUAACAUCAUGUUUCGAUAUGAUGACAAAGGCCAACCGAUAAAGUUAAAAAUUGUAGAUUUCCAAAUAGCCCAGUAUGAGUCAGUUGCGCAUGACAUUAUAUUUUUCCUAUUCUCAAGCGUCGAAUCUGCAACGCUGGAGGACGAUUUCGAAAACUUUUUGAAAAUCUAUUAUGAUGCCUUUAUACAAAACUUAGAAACAGUGCAGGUUUCUACUAAAAACUAUACUUUCGAGAGCUUUCUAAGUGAAGUACGACGCGUGGGACCAAUUGAAAUUCCACACCCGAUUUUCAUGACAAAAAUAAUUUUGGCCGAUAACAGCACCCUUCCAGAUGAUUUCAAGGACGUAGACAUAUCAUUUUUAAGUAAGAAUCGUGGACUGAAGGCGGUUACCAAACGAAUGGAAGAUAUUGUGCGUGUGGCGAAAAAGUUUAAAAUAUAUUAAUUUAACUUUUGAUUUUUGGUUAAAAUAAGAAACUGCACUGCAGUACCUGAGAAAUUAAAUGGGUUUAAUGGGUUUUUUUUGGGAAGUAGAA